GAAAAAUUUAGGCACACUGCUCUGAGCACCUUCUGACCAAAGGAAUGGUGAAACCAGAGGUAUCUAGGGUCUUUUCUGGCCUUGUUUUUAGCUGAAUAAACUAAUGAUUGUUUUUCACUGGGCAAAACCAGGAAGUUGCACUCAUCCCCCUCAGUGGGGGAUGAUUGAAUGAGAAGAGCUGUGUGAUUUGCAUUGUGACGUGGUGAGUGACUCCAGCUGGAAGCCGUGCUGUCCGUCAUAGCUGGCACAGCUCAGCAGCCAGGGACUCACAGGCAGAGCAGCCCAGCAAGGAAGGAGCUGGCAAGUGGAGCAUAAGGUAUGGGAGGAUGGCUCGCUCUCUGUAUGAGUGGCUGUGGCAGCACGAGUUCUGGCUGCCCCCAGGAAUCACCUGGGAGGACAUGCAAGAAUCUGAAGGCACUCAUUAUCCUCAACCUCGUGAUCUCCUGCUCAGUAUCCCUUUUGCCUUAAUCUUAGUAGUCCUUCGAUGUGCCUUUGAGAGAGCCAUAGCCCUGCCCCUCAGUACCAAAUUGGGUGUGAGAGACAAGCAGAGACCAAAAGCUCAGCCCAACCCCGUGCUGGAAACAUUCUAUAGUACACGCUGCAAGAACCCUGGAGAGGGUGAGCUGCUCAGAUUAUCCAAGCAAUGUGACCUGGCAGUGAGGAAGGUGGAGAAGUGGUUCCGGCGCCGGAGGAACAUGGACCGGCCCAGCCUGUCGAAGAAAUUCAGUGAAGCCUGCUGGAGAUUUACAUUUUACAUCAUUUCUUUCUUCACUGGACUCGCUGUCCUGUAUGAUAAGCCUUGGUUUUGGGACCAUAGAGAGUGCUGGACAGGAUAUCCGCAACAGCCUCUCCAGCCCUCCCUGUUCUGGUAUUACAUGCUGGAGCUCUCCUUCUACUGGUCACUGGUCUUCACUUUGCCCUUCGACGUGAAGAGGAAGGAUUUCAAGGAGCAGAUAGUCCAUCAUGCUGCGACCAUCUUCCUGAUCAGUUUUUCAUACUGUGCCAACUACAUCCGCAUUGGGACACUGGUGAUGGUGAUUCAUGAUGCUUCAGAUUGCUUCCUAGAGCCAACUAAGAUAUUCAACUACAUGAAGUGGAAAAAAACUUGUGACAGCCUCUUUAUGAUCUUCUCAGCUGUUUUCCUGAUCAGCCGCCUGGUCAUUUACCCCUACACAGUGCUUUAUAACACCUACUAUUACUCCAUGGAGAUAUUCCAACCCUUCUUUGGAUACUACUUUGUGAAUGUUCUCCUGAUAAUUCUGCAGCUGCUCCAUGUCUUCUGGUCCUGCCUAAUUAUUCACAUGGUCUACAAAUUCAUCAUCCAGGGCACGAUGGAAAAGGACAUGAGAAGUGACACAGAAGAAAGUGACAAGGAUGAAGAAAGAGAUAUAAUUAGAGAAAAGGAGACAAAUGGGAUUACGUAUUUCAGCAACGUCACAAGCAAUGGUUACAUCCAGAGGAAUGGGUCUGAGCCCCUGGACAACAGAGCCCACCUUGCCAAUGGCCAUGCCAAGGAAAGAUAGCUGCUGUCUGUGUGCUGCUGGUCUGGCCUCCAGCAAACCCAGGCCACCAUCUGUAGAAACAGUUUUGCUCACUGUGUAGAUAAAUUGGAGUGCAAUUGCAGUAUUGUAGCUGAAUUCCUGCUUCCCGUAAACCAAAGUGUUUAUAGUCAGUGAUAUUUGAAGGAAGUCUUUGUCUUCCUUCAGUAAAAUCUUACAAUAGAUUGUAGCCUCAAAAGUGAUAGCAAGGGAUCAAAGUGGUUUGACUUAUAUUGACUGUACCAUAAUUGUUGUCAAAUGUGUUAAUCUUGAAAAAUACUUCGAAAAUAAAAAGGUGGAUAAAUUCUAGCACUGUCAAGUUUUACCCACCUAAUGUUUGAUAGGAAUCUGUUGAGCCUGGAUCAGUCUCUGGAAGCCCUGGCCUAUUGCCAGUAACUAUUAUGGCUGACAAGUGACAAGUCUUACCACUGGGAUACCUCUUCUGAGAAAACAGGUGCCCUGUAUACACUUACAGAAUUAAAACUAAGCAUAGUGAAAUUAAAGCUUUGGAAAGACAUAAGAUAAAGCAUGUUCUUCUCAAAGGAAGUACUUUUUGUGCCUGUGACCAGUUUUGUAAUGGUAUGGAUCUCAGUCCCUACUUAUUGCCCCUAAGGAGGAAACUCCAAAGGCCAGUCUGGAGGAGUACCCACCCAAAUCACAUUGGAAGAGCUGGAAAAUUCAGACAGCUUUUCUCAACUGUCAGGUAAUCAUCUAAACCUGUCUUGGAAGGAAGUAGUCAGGAGAAGGGAGGUAAUAAGGAACUAUGUAGUCCAGAAGACAGCACUGAUGAAAGUGCUCAUGUUUUCACUUAGUGUGACUGGCACAGUGGGAAAUGUUUACAGAGUCAGCUUGUGGCAGAAAGGGGAUACAUUUCCCCUGCUCUCAGAGGAGAAAGGGUCCAGAGAAAAUCUGCUGAACCUUAUGGAAUAAUGCUUUAGCAUGGCCUUCUAACUCUAGGGCCUUUUUAUAAGGAAUAGCAAGUAUAAAGCAGUGGUCCAUGAAGUCAUGAUGUAGUGCUGAUUCAGUUCAUUCAGUUGCCAUAUAUUGUAUUAUGUGUAGUCUUAGAUUUUUGGAUUGUGCAAUCUCUUAAAACAUUUAAAUUAGUGUUAUGUGAAUAUUUGUUUUAUAGGCCACUCAAUCUAUGAUACUGAAGUAUUAACAGAUUCACUGUAAUGAGUUCAGGGACUUAGACUACUGAGGCCAUGCAGACACUGCUCUUUAUGUACCUACUGCUAACUGGGCAGGGAUGGGGCAUGGACCAAGGAAAAACUGUAUUUGAGGAGGGGUGCACAUGUUUAAGUUAUAAAGGAAGUGACAGUAUAGAAAGACAAGAGGAUUAUCAUCACUCAGGUCACCUGAGAUGUUACUGAGAAACUUUGAUCUGAGCGUGUGUAUGCUCAUCUUCUCUUUCAGUCAAAAUCCAUUUGGGUAAAUGGAUUUCUAAACUGGAAUUGGAUAAUUUCAGAAGGGAAAAAGUGGUUCCAGCAUGUGUGAUUCCAGGGCAAUAACAUGCUAUGGGAGGAGGUUUCUGCACUGUCAUUUAAAUCUUGAUUUGCUGAAGAUAGUCUCUGGAACCUUAGCUCAGCUGGUGAGAGCAUGGUGUUAAUAAUGCCAAGGUUGUGGGUUUGAUCUCUGUAUGGCACAUUCACUUAAGAGUUGGGCUCGAUGAUCCUUGUGGGUCCCUUCCAACACAAUAUUCUGUAAUCCUGUGAUAAUUGCAAGUUGGAAGCACAUUGUACGCUGUGAUCUGAGUGUAUGGUCUCACCUCUGUGCAGGUGGUGUGCUCAGGAGGGAUAGUUAUAUAUCAUUUUAUACUACUGAAUGUAAAUGUUCUUUAUAAACUGCUUUUAAAGGUUUGA